AUUGGCCCCGUUGCUCAGUUCCGCUGGGAGUCGCAUCCUACCUGGAUGGGAGGUGUACUGCUUUUCCCACAUACUUACCCGGCUGCAGCUGAGGUGGCCUCAAGAAAAAGUCCUGGCUUGGAGAAUUGAGCGAAAAAAGCGAUCCAGAUGGGUUCUUGGAAAGCUCUUCUUUUCUCCCCUUUUCUUCUGUGGAGUCAAAGAAGAGGGGUGAGGCUGAUGUUUCUUUUACUGACCCUGCAUCUGGGAAACUGUGUUGAUAAAGCAGAUGAUGAAGAUGAUGAGGAUUUAACAGUGAACAAAACUUGGGUCUUGGCACCAAAGAUUCAUGAAGGAGAUAUAACACAAAUUCUCAACUCACUGCUUCAAGGUUAUGACAAUAAACUUCGCCCAGAUAUAGGAGUGAGGCCCACAGUAAUUGAAACUGAUGUCUAUGUAAACAGCAUUGGACCAGUUGAUCCCAUAAAUAUGGAAUACACAAUAGAUAUAAUUUUUGCCCAAACCUGGUUUGAUAGUCGUUUAAAAUUCAAUAGUACCAUGAAAGUGCUUAUGCUUAACAGUAAUAUGGUUGGAAAAAUUUGGAUUCCUGACACCUUCUUCAGAAAUUCAAGAAAAUCUGAUGCUCAUUGGAUAACCACUCCUAAUCGUCUUCUUCGAAUUUGGAAUGAUGGACGAGUCCUCUAUACACUAAGAUUGACAAUUAAUGCAGAAUGUUACCUUCAGCUUCAUAACUUUCCUAUGGAUGAACAUUCAUGUCCACUGGAAUUUUCAAGCUAUGGAUACCCUAAAAAUGAAAUUGAGUAUAAGUGGAAAAAGCCUUCUGUAGAAGUGGCUGAUCCUAAAUAUUGGAGAUUAUACCAGUUUGCAUUUGUAGGGUUACGGAACACAACUGAAAUCUCUCACACAAUCUCUGGGGAUUAUAUUAUCAUGACAAUUUUUUUUGACCUGAGCAGACGAAUGGGAUAUUUCACUAUUCAGACCUACAUUCCAUGUAUCCUGACAGUUGUUCUUUCUUGGGUAUCCUUUUGGAUCAAUAAAGAUGCAGUACCUGCCAGAACAUCACUGGGUAUCACUACAGUUCUGACUAUGACAACUCUGAGUACAAUUGCCAGGAAGUCCUUACCUAAGGUUUCUUACGUGACUGCGAUGGAUCUCUUUGUUUCUGUUUGUUUCAUUUUUGUUUUUGCAGCUUUGAUGGAAUAUGGCACCUUGCAUUAUUUUACCAGCAACAAAAAAGCAAAGACCACUAGAGAAAGAAAGCCAAAAAACAAGGCCUCGAUGUCCUCUGGACUCCAUCCUGGAUCUACUCUGAUUCCAAUGAAUAGCCUCACUCUGCCACAGGGAGAAGAUGAUUAUGGGUACCAAUGUUUGGAGGGCAAAGACUGUGCCAGCUUCUUCUGUUGCUUUGAAGACUGCAAGACAGGAUCGUGGAGGGAAGGAAGGAUACACAUACGCAUUGCCAAAAUUGAUUCCUAUUCUCGCAUAUUUUUCCCAACAGCUUUUGCCCUGUUCAAUCUGGUUUAUUGGGUUGGCUAUCUUUACUUAUAAAUUCUGCUUACUAGGCAAAAAUCAUAAGAAGUCUGACUAAAUCCAGUAUAACCCAGUGUCCUUCAGUUACAUGAAACCAACAAUUAAAUUGUGAAUAGUUAACAGAAACCUACAGUUAAAAUGUGACUAGUUACUUGAACUAUUCAUAGGUAAAUUAAGUAACAGCUUUCGGAUUAAUUUAAAUUUAUAUAAAACAGAUUAGUUGCAAAAUUUAGU